ACGAUAAACAUUGCGACCUGACCUGCAGCACUUUCAGAGAGAGGCAAAGUGACUGAGGGCGAGUUUAGUCCACAGUCGUUAUUUCUGCAAAAUUGAAAUUGACUCACGAGCAUUAGAUGCCCACACUAUGGUGAAGCAUUACCCCGUUUCAGAAGGAAGACACGAAUGUCGCUCUUAAAUCGGCCUCUAACAUUGGAAAGCCGUUAGCUUUGGCAGCUACUGCAAAGCUAGCUAAGUUAGCUGUUACGUUACCUACGUAUUCUCGGUUUUUUUACCACACGCAACUGACCUCCACCACAACACAGGCGUACUGAGUUUAAUUUGUUUGCUAGGUUGGGGUCGUUAUUCUCCUGUGUCCUAACGUUCGCUCUCACUGUCCCCGCGUGGUGCCCCGUGGACGGUUCCCGAAUAUGAUACAUAAUGAGUCAAAGAGAUACCUUGGUUCAUCUGUUUGCUGGAGGAUGUGGGGGCACGGUAGGAGCCAUACUGACUUGUCCACUGGAAGUAGUGAAGACCCGUUUGCAGUCAUCCUCCAUCACCCUCUAUGUGUCUGAAGUUCACCUGAGUACUGUCAACGCGGCCGGUGUGGCCCGCGUGUCUCCGCCAGGCCCCCUUCACUGCCUCAAGUUGAUAUUGGAGAAAGAAGGGCCUCGUUCUCUCUUCAGGGGUUUGGGGCCAAACUUGGUGGGUGUGGCACCAUCCAGAGCAAUUUAUUUUGCUGCUUACUCCUCUGCCAAAGAGAAACUGAACGGUGUUCUGGAACCAGACUCCACGCAGGUUCACAUGCUGUCGGCUGGAAUGGCAGGUUUUACAGCCAUCACAGCAACCAAUCCAAUAUGGCUCAUAAAGACCCGUCUACAGCUAGAUGCUAGGAAUCGUGGCGAGCAAAGGAUGAGUGCAUUUCAGUGCAUGCGGCGGGUGUAUCAGACAGAUGGCCUGCGCGGCUUUUACAGGGGCAUGUCGGCAUCCUACGCCGGUAUCUCAGAGACUGUGAUCCACUUUGUGAUCUAUGAAAACAUCAAACGUCGCCUCUUAGAGGCCAAGGCGCCGCAGAACAUGGACGAGGAGGAAGAGACGUCCAAAGAUGCUUCCGACUUUAUCGGGAUGAUGCUUGCCGCUGCCACGUCCAAGACCUGUGCCACGUCUAUCGCUUAUCCCCAUGAAGUGAUCCGCACCAGGCUACGUGAGGAGGGCACCAAGUAUAACUCCUUUUUCCAGACUCUGACAACAGUGCCCAAAGAGGAGGGCUACCGCGCCCUGUACCGCGGCCUCACCACGCACCUGGUACGACAGAUCCCCAACACCGCCAUCAUGAUGUGCACCUACGAGUUGGUUGUCUACCUCCUAAGUGGUUAAAGUCUUGCCCCUCCCCCUCCCCCAAUGUAGACAGUAUCUGUAACCCUGCCCAUGUUCAGAGACGGAGAAAAGAGAAGGACAGCCAACCACACACACACCAGCCAGCACAUGAACCUGCUUGCCAGAAGAGGACCGAGACCGCAGCAUGACCUUUAUCUCAAUGGUGCGCAAGUGGUUGUGAAAAAAAAUAAGUUGGGAACAUUUUUGUUUUAUGACCAAAGGUUCUGGCACAGGGACGAGGAUUCAGAAGUUCCUCACACUGGUUUGGGGUUAUUGGGUUUAGCAAUGGAAAAGAAAUGGUUGUCCGAUGUUUACUUUUAUUCCAUCUUUUCCUCUUUUGUUUCUGGGAACUCCGAUUCAGAGUGAUGAAGAAAGAGCUAGAGUAUAUUCAGCCUCCAACAAUACUAAUAAUAAAAGACAAGUACAGUAAUUCCAGUUCUUACCACUUAGUAGAUAUAAGACACCCCCCCCCCCCACAGCAGUAGGCUUUUGCUGUCAUGCUGAUGGAAUAGUUUAAAAACAAUAUUUUAUUACUAUCAUGCGGUGUUCCCUGCAUCGAGUACCGUUAGAAGACCAGAAUACAAAGAUGACAGACUCUGAGGUGAGCCCAAGUAUCUGCUUCUGGUGGGGGGCUUCUAAGUUAGCAAAGAAGAAAAUUGUUGCUUGAGGCUGGUUGAGGUAGGAUUAAUAGAGGACAAGGGGUGACGUUGGGGAGGUAGGUGAAUGGGAGACAUGCCUUGCGUGAAGAUGUGAUGCAGACUGAGAUGGACAAUGGAUGUAGGAGGAGGAGGCGCUCUAGUUGACCAGUUACAAACAAGGCUUGUAGAGAUGUAGAGUCGUACACUGGUAUUAUGUGAUUACAGGUGCCGUUAAUGAGAACCUUUUGCACAUAUUGAACAUAGACUCACUCACCCAAACGUUGUCAGCAGUACCAAAUACUGGUCCCGAUAUCAUAAUAAAAUUGACAUGCAUUUACAGCAUUUUACACAAUAACUUCAUGGUUGAUAGCUGCUUGCUUAUAAUAAGUGAAGUCUACAUAUUCACAUGGAACUUUGAAACUGCUUACCUGUAUGUGAAAGAAGAGUGUUCACUAAGGUUAGAUGGCAGGUAAAAAGUCCCCAAACCACAAUAUAAUUACUGUUGUAACUACUGGAAUGUAAAAACUGGAGGAAUAACUUUACUGAAGGCAAAGAAAAUGAAAACACUGACCCAUGUUGUGAACUAAAAUAUGUAAAAUUAACAAAGCUAAACAAAUUGUUGUAUUGAUAGUUAUAAAAUGCCUACAUAACACCAUUGUGUUGAAUUUGUCUGCCCAGAAAUGGCACAAUGCAAACAUACAGGAGAACGGGUGUUUGCCUUUUUAGUUGUUACUUUUGCUUAAACGCCGAUUUUGUUCUUAUAGCACUUUUCAAUAUCUUUCUCUAGAAUCCCCCCCUCAGUUGGAGAAUCCAGGCUAGUUUUACAGGCGAGGACAAUCCUCUUAAGUUUACUCUGGAAACUUGUUUAGCCAGUUUGCGUGAAAAAGUGGCCUGAAAUAUGCUCUUCAUAAGCGCACAGUAAUUCAGUACAGACCAAUAGAAAAAAAGAACUGUAACCAUUUUGUUUCCCUCUCCUUAUUCAGUUGUUUUAGAAAAAAGUUGAACUGCAUUACAACCAGUUU